AUCAUGUUUUCUGGUGAAGACUGGAAUUCUAGUGAGCUUCUGAAUGGCUCUUUCAGAAACUCUUCUAUGGAGGAUUCGGAGGACGGGGAGCACCCGUUCCUGACAGAUGCAUGGCUGGUGCCGCUCUUUUUCUCUCUCAUCAUGCUAGUGGGGCUGAUCGGAAACUCACUGGUGAUUUAUGUCAUCUCCAAACACAGACAGAUGAGGACAGCUACUAACUUUUACAUUGCUAACUUGGCUGCCACCGACAUCAUUUUCCUGCUGUGCUGUGUGCCGUUCACUGCCACCCUCUACCCUCUGCCCGGCUGGAUAUUUGGGGACUUCAUGUGCAAAUUUGUUGCUUUUCUCCAACAGGUGACGGUACAGGCGACGUGCAUCACUCUCACGGCCAUGAGUGGAGACCGAUGCUAUGUGACUGUGUAUCCUCUCAAAUCCCUGCACCAUCGCACCCCUCGUGUGGCUAUGAUUGUUAGCAUAUGUAUAUGGAUUGGUUCCUUCAUCCUUUCCAUACCAAUCUUCCUGUACCAGAGGCUUGAAGACGGCUAUUGGUAUGGACCAAGAAAAUACUGCAUGGAAAGGUUUCCAUCAAAGACCCAUGAGAAAGCUUUCAUCCUCUAUCAGUUCAUAGCUGUGUAUCUACUGCCUGUCAUUACCAUCUCUUUCUGUUAUUCCUUCAUGUUGAAAAGAGUGGGACAGGCUUCGGUGGAACCAGUGGAUAACAACCAUCAGGUCCACCUUCUGUCAGAGAGAACCAUCUCCAUCCGGAGCAAGAUUUCCAAAAUGGUAGUGGUCAUAGUUGUCCUCUUCACAAUCUGCUGGGGUCCCAUUCAAAUCUUUGUCCUGUUCCAAUCGUUCUAUCCCAACUUCAAAGCCAACUACGCAACAUAUAAGAUCAAAACGUGGGCCAACUGCAUGUCCUAUGCCAACUCCUCUAUCAACCCCAUUGUCUACGGUUUUAUGGGCGCCAGCUUCCGCAAGUCUUUCAGGAAGACCUUUCCCUUCCUCUUCAGACACAAAGUGCGGGACAGCAGUGUGGCCUCCCGCACAGCCAAUGCAGAAAUCAAAUUUGUAGCGACAGAGGAAAGCAACACUGAGAGGAAAUGAGAAAACUGUGAAUUCAUGCCAACUGUCUGGCUGCUGAAGCCCCUUCAUUAACAAGGGUAAUAUUCAGUUCACUGAGCCAUGACAAAUAUUUAAAUGUGAUGCAAAAGAGCAUUUAGAGGACAAAGAACAGCAAAAGCACACAUGAAUCAGAAUUACAACUGCGUUAAAACUAUAAUUUGAUAUUUACAUCCUUUGAGCAACCAACUCUUUUUGGUGCCCCUGCUGUGCGCAUUUGUAGCUUUGCCUUUCAAAAGUUGCACACGGAAAGCUCAUUUUCCAGGGCGUUGAGUUCGACAUUGGGGAACCAAACGGAUGUUCUGCCAGCGGAGAGAUGUGUAGGAGCUUGCCUGAGAGGAUGUUGACUAAAUCAAACAUGGCAACUGUUGACUCAUCUAUUGUGUUUGACAUAUACACGACACCUCCCUGUACACACUUCCUCAUGAAACGAGCACUCCAAAACACUCUUCAUCGGCUGUAUUUAUAUCUCAACAAUCUGCAGCAUGGCUUGACCUGAAAAGGUGUAAUCAAAAGCUACAGACACUCUCAAAACGCACCACUUCUCAAGACCAAAUUACUGCUGUUCACUGCCCAGAAUGAUAUAUUUUAUGCUGCAACUGUCAGCAAAAGUACUGAGAUUAUCAUACUGUUGGAAAAACUGAGGACUGGCAAACAUGUGCCAAUGGAAUUGAGGAUGACAGGGUUAUUAUGAUAUUAAGACUUAUGAUAACAAUAUGAUAUUAUUUUGAUAUUCAAGUGAUACAUGAAAGGUUUUGAGGAUUGAAAACUAAAUGCGACUUAAGGGGUGCAACUUUUAUUUAAAGAGCCAUUAACAUUGAACAUGUUUUUAUUGCAAGAGCCAGGGUAGUGGAACACUGUAAAAAAUGCAGGGUUCCACACAAUUCAUUCAUGUUGUCCCAACACAAAUGGAUUAAGUUAACACAUUUAACAAA